CCUCCCUUCCUCCCCCAAAUUCGCAACCCCAAUGGCGAGCUUCAACGCCGCCGGCGCCGGAGCAGCCAACCCCAACCCCAACAAAUCCCUCGAGGUGAAUCCGGCCCCGGGGGACGCGGUCUCCAGCCUCAGCUUCAGCCCCAAGGCCAACCACCUCAUCGCCACCUCCUGGGACAACCAGGUUCGGUGCUGGGAGGUCCAGCCGGGCGGCCAAUGCCAGGCGAAGGCCUCGAUCUCGCACGACCAGCCGGUUCUCUGCUCGGCGUGGAACGGUGAUGGGACUACGGUUUUCUCGGGAGGGUGUGACAAGGUGGUCAAGAUGUGGCCGCUGCUGUCUGGCGGGCAGCCCACGGCCUUGUCGGGGCAUGAGGCGCCCAUCAAGGAGCUCGCCUGGAUUCAACCCAUGGGGCUCCUUGUCAGUGGGAGCUGGGAUAAGACUUUGAGGUACUGGGACCUGCGACAAGCUCAGCCAGCACAUGUUCAGCAACUUCCUGAGCGCUGCUAUGCUCUCUCGCUUAGUUAUCCUCUGCUGGCUGUUGGCACUGCUGACCGCAACGUCAUUAUCUUCAACCUGCAGAAUCCACAGGCUGAAUUCAAGAGGAUCCAGUCACCUUUGAAAUACCAGACAAGGUGUCUUGCUGCAUUCCCUGACCAAUCAGGGUUCUUGGUUGGAUCAAUAGAGGGACGUGUUGGUGUUCAUCAUGUGGAUGACGCUAAUCAGAGCAAAAAUUUUACAUUCAAAUGUCACCGCGAGGGCAAUGAUAUAUACUCUGUUAACUCACUGAACUUUCAUCCUGUGCACCAUACAUUUGCUACUGCGGGCUCUGAUGGAGGUUUCAACUUUUGGGACAAGGACAGUAAACAAAGACUGAAGGCUUUUAGCAAGUGCCCAUCACCCAUCACAUGCAGCACAUUCAAUCAGGAUGGGUCAAUCUUUGCUUAUGCGGUAUGCUAUGAUUGGAGCAAGGGUGCCGAGAAGCAUACUCCUUCUACUGCAAAGACAAAUAUCUUUCUGCAUAGUGUGCAGGAAUCUGAUGUCAAAGGAAAGCCCCGUGCUGGAAAGAAGUAGACUUCGCAAUGACAAGCUGCAGAUCGGUGCUCCUAACCUGAUGAAUUUGCGGACUGAUGCUAAUUACCUGCAUGCGUGUGUAGCUCCAGACUCUUUUAGGGUAUUUCUGUGAAAAACAGUUCCAUUCUGCUCAUGUAAAUGGCAGUAGGUAAUUUGUUGCGAUAAUACUUUUUUGUUGCGAUAAUGCAUUAGUGUGGUAUUUCCUGUGUGGUUCGA